AUGCCACCCAUGCCUUUUACUUACGCUACAUCUCCAGGCCUCACAUUAAACGGCAGACCAGACCCCAUGCGUGGACGCUCGACGGACGUCUGUGCGAGGCAGAGCAAGCGGCAGAGGCAGAUGGUCUACUCUACCAAAGGCAUCCAACAUCACAGCAUCUACGCCAGUAUCGAGACUCCAGAGACACUGGUGGCUCUUCAGCGCUGUGUAAGGACAGAGGCGUGGCACGAUUUCCUGAGCGGCUUAAACCACCAGACGAGCACCAAAUCUAUGUGGCAUGCUAUCAACAGGGUGCUGAAGAGGAAGCCGGCCAGUGCCCUCCACCACAGCCCAGCUGAGUAUGCUAGUAACCUUGUAACAGCUUGGUCUACUCAGUCCCGUGUUACUAGCCUCCCAGAACAUGUACAACGGGCCCUCCGCCACGGAGCAGAUCGUCGCGCCCUCCGGUUAAUGGCAGCCUUGCUGACGCCAGACGAGGAGGACGAAGUGGAGAUCACUACAGCCGAGUUACAGCGUGCCCUGGCUCGAGGUAAAGCAACAGCUCCAGGCGAUGACGGGAUCACCUACUCGGUUCUCCGUCUUCUCUUCAAAGUACCCGUGCAGCAGCUUCUUGUGGUCUUCUCAUGUCACCUGAUAAGAGCAGAAUCUUUUCCUUGCGCAGUCCAAGACUCCUUCCAGACUUUUCAGUUGGCAACAGUGUCAUCCCGCUGUGCACUCAGUAUAUCUACUUGGGCGCUCCAGUUCACAUCCCUCGAGCCACUCCGGGACGUCGUGUUCACCCUAUCAUCCAGGAUCUCUUGGGUCGCCUCGAGAAGCGCUUCACGCCUCUAAGGACGCUCGCCACCAGAGAGAAGGGUAUAUCAAUCCCGUUAGCCAGGACCAUCUACGUGACGUUUAUACGCUCAGUAGUGGAUUAUUUCUCCCCUGCCUUAAUCCAACUCCCUAAAGUCUCUUUGGAUCCCCUUGACAAAUUUCAAAACAGGGUAAUGAGGUUUAUAUUGGGUUGCCCGUCAUCAACAAGAAUUGUUAAUAUGCUAACAGAGCUUAAGCUUCCUUUUCUUGCAGACAGAAUACACUCAAAUGUCACUUCUCUUACUACCACAUGUCUUCACACACCACACCUUGCACUUCAUUACACUCAUGUUGUUAGGACAGCCAUGGGUCCCAACGCAAGACUGCCCCGAAUUCAUCAUGGUGGUCGUAAUCUGAUAAAGCAUGUGUGUUCUCUGCUCCAUAGUCUCCACAUCAGUAUUGACGAGGCAGAGGUUGUUCCUGUUUCACCGCCCUGGCGUGUUCCCCUCCCAGCUGUUCUCUUUACUGAGAUAUCGAAAGAGGAGAUACCUGUCCUGCAGCAGC